AUGCCCGACGCGGGGAAUGGCGUCAGAGGAGGGUGUGGCAGCGUGAACGGGGGGUCAAUGGCGACGGCGGCGGCGGCCGAGGGUAGCGGGGCGGUGGUGUUCCUGACGGGCGUCACAGGGUUGGUGGGGCAGAUGGUUCUGUUCGACCUGCUUCGGCAGGGAGCCGCGGCGUCGAGCGGUGCUUCGGGCGACGACGGCGAGGCCCGCGAAGGUCUUGGCGGCGGCGAAGACGGGUUGGGAGGGGUGGCGUCGGGGGGGCUCCGCGCGGUGGUGGUCCUGGUAAGGGGCAAGAAGGGCGUGGCCCCCUCGGACAGACUGGCCUCCAUAAGGGACAGCGCCAUGUUCCGCCCCCUGCGAGAGAGCGGGGCUUGGGUGGACGAAGAGACCGACACUCCCUCCGCGGCGAGAGCGUCGCCGUUGCCGUGCCCCCCGUCCCGUGAGGCCCUUGGUCUCCCGCCGAAGAAGCGGCAGGGAGCGGUGGUCAUCGCCGUAGAAGGCGAGCUGGGCGGAGAAGGGCUGGGGCUGUCGGCGGAGUCGCGGGCGCUGCUGGCGGGAGCCGGCGUGACCCACGCGCUGCACUGCGCCGCGAGCGUGAGCUUCAGCGACCCCCUCGCGGAGGCGGCGGCGACGAACGUUACCGGUGCACUGAGGGUGGCCGCCCUCGUGGCGUCCUGGCCGUCAUGCGGGACGUUGAUACACGUCUCGACCGCUUUCGUCCACGGCGGAAAGUCGGGCACAGCUUCGUGCCCCCUCCCCCAAGAGCUCCCCGAUCUUGGCGGCAGAAGCCCCGAACGGUUGUACCGAAGCGCUCAGCGGGCCCCCUCAGCUUCAGACGCCGGCGGAGGUAGCAGCGGGGGCGGCGGGGCGGGAAAGGAAGCCCUCGACGCCAUGGCGGAUUUGGGGUACCCGAACACGUACACCUUUACGAAGGCUCUCGGCGAGCACCUGCUUGUGCGGGCGCUGAGCGCGCACAAUCGGAGGCUGGACAGGUCGGCCGCCGCUGCCGCCGCUGCCGAUGUCGAGGAGAGCGGUGAUGAUGAGGCCGGAGGGCGGCUGGCGGCGGGCGGGCGCGGUUGUUCUAGUGGCGACUCUUGUGGUUCGCCGGAACCUUGCCGACUGCGGCUGAGGGUAGUGCGGCCGAGCAUCGUUGGACCGGCCUGGGUGUUCCCGUGGCCUGGGUGGACGGGAGAGCAACCCUCGACAGUUACAGGCUGCCAAGUGCUGGUUCUCCAGAGGGCCGUCAAGACCUUCCGGCUAGGCCCUCACCCGGCCCCGAUCAUCCCGGUCGAUGUCGUCAGCCGCGCGAUCGUCCACAGCGCGCUUGGCUGGGGAGGGCCCCUAGCAUCCUCCUCUCCCGCCGCCGCCACCGGGAAUAUCAUGGCGGCGAUCCCGGACAUCCCGGGGUCGCCCGCGGCAGAAUCUCGUCCCGACGUGGUAAUCAGGAACUUGGCGUGGGCGACGCACCCUGUCCUCGGUCUCGGCGGUAGCGGCGCUAUCGUUGCUCGGAAGCGCGACACGACAGUCGGCGGUGGCGACGCUGCGCAGGAGGGUGGCGGCAUGGCGGCCGUGGUGGCCGGACGGACUGCUGAGCGCAAGGGUGCAGUCGGGAGCGGUGCGGGGGAAGGGAGGAUGCCGUCGUUCCGAGAGAUCUCGGGGCUGCUCUACGACUACGCCGUCCUCCGCGGCAUGCGGCCUUCCUUGGAAGCCCUGGCGAUGAGAUCCUCCUUCGCCGCGGCGUCGGUGUCGUCGCCGGCGGCGACGGCGCCCGGAACACCGUGCGUCGCCGGCGGCGGUGAUACAAGCGGCGGCGGGUUGUCGUCGUCACGGUCGCGCCCGCAGUCGCCGUACCCGCCGUCGCCGUCAGGGGGCAGCGGUGAAGGCCAACGGGGCAAUCCUCCGACCGCCGGCGACGGGGGUUUCCAGGGGAGGCGUGAAGCGGGGCUCCUACUCCUUCGUGGAGGAGGGUUGAGACCGUCUUUGCCGCGGCUGGCGUUCGACGCCAUGCACUUGCUGCUCGACCGGUCGCCGGUGUGGGCGCUGCAGGGCCUCGCUGCCCUGGCCGAGCGGGUUGGCGUCUUCGGCGGCAGCAGCGGCUAUAGACACGGCGGCAGCGGCGGCGGCGGCCGUGGCAGAGGUGGGCGGCGACGCACAGGAAUUACCGUGACGUUGAGAAGGCUCGACAAGCUGGCCGCCCUGCCGGCCGUGUACGAGACGUUCACGUGGCAGGAGUACUUCUUCGACUCGGCGCUAAGGGUUCCCGAGGGGCUGAAGCCUGCCGGGUAUGCGUUGGAAACGGCCCUGGCCUCCGAGCUACUGCAACGGAGCCUACCCGGGGGCGCCGAAGAAGGGGCAAAGGCUAGUCCCGAACGCCGGCAGUCCAUCCUCAGAGAGCUGGGCCUGCAAAUACGCACCCACCGGUCCGGCGGUCUUCGGUGCGGCGGUCGCGGCAACGACACCGGAACCAGCCUGCAGGUCGGUGGCGCCCCUGAGGGUAACCGCGUCGCCGUUGGCGAAGAAGAAGAAGAAGACGGCGACGGCGGCGACGGUGGGCGUCCCCUUGGUCACAACGGCGAUGACGUUGAAACAAACGGUGCCACCGCCAAGAAGAACAACGAUGACGGGGUCGGUGGUGCUGGCGACUGGCUCACGCGGCGGCGACGGCGGCGGCGGUCGCUCAGCGUGCUCUGCGGCAGGGCAGACCGCCUCGUACCGUGGCCCGCCCUAGCGUGGUGGGCGGCCACCCUCCCGGGGUCCGCGGCGCGAGGAGGGGUCACUCUCUGGGUGCGGCUCGUGGCGUUCGCCGUCCGAGUGGUCAUGUCCCGCUCCGCUUCGGCGGUCGCCGUGGACGUGGACUCGUUUCGCGAGGCCGCGCCCCCCGGGUACGGUGCUGCGGCGGGCGGCGCAAGCCGGGCGGGGUCCGCGAGAGGCGACGGGGUCAAGGAAGACGGCGCGGCGACGGCGCCCAGUGUUGACAGUAAGGCGGCGGGCGGCGGGUGUGGCAGCGACGGUGGUUACAUCGGCGGCGGCGGCGGCGGCGGCGGCGGCGAGAAAGGUACUGCUGGUGCCACUGCGGCCGGUGCUGACGGUGGGGACGGCUGGCGAGCCGGCGGGUGCGGAGGGCGCGCAGGGGCGGGAAGCGGAGAAGCAGACGGGGCCGGGAAGAUGGUGGUUGUCCUGCUGCCUACUCACCGUUCGUAUCUUGACUUCGUGCUGGUGUCCCUCUUCUGCGCCUCCAUGCGGUCCUUCCCGGGGCUGUCGUGGCUCAGGGUGCCGAAGGUGGCGGCGGCGGACGGGCCCUUCGGCAAGGACGGUACGCCGCUCAGGUGGCUCAUGGGGAAAUUGGGGGCGUUUUUCAUUCGGAGGGGGCACAACAGCGAGCCGCACUCUGACCUCCGGCGGCGCCUCGAGGCGCUGCAGGAAGUCGCCAGCGGCGAAGGAGAAACUUCCCAGAAAGUUCCUUCGGGAGAGCAGGGCAUCGUGUGUGACGGCACGGCAGUGACCCGAGACGUGGCAGGUGACUCUCGAGACACGAGCGGUAACGAGCGCGUAGGAGGCCAUCAUCCCCAAGCAGCGUCUGAUGGCAACGUUGGGGGGUCCGCGGACGGGGGUGGGGGUGGGGGUGGGGGUGGUGGACGCUGGCCGGGUCCCUGCGAGUCCGACCCCUGCCAGAGGGGGCUGGAGACCUUGGAGGUGUUCGUGGAGGGGACACGCAGCCGGGACAGGCGGUUUCUGGCUCCCAAGACGGGGUUGAUCCGAGCUCUUCAGGGAGCACGGGAGGGCGCGACGCUUUGGCUGGUGCCUGUGUCGAUCAGCUACGAGCGGGUACCGGAGCAGCGAAGACUAGCUGAGGAGCUGUUAGCCAGGGGUUGCUCUCGAGAAGCGGGAGAGGGGGGGGCUCCGGCGCGCGGACAGCACACCGUGGGGGCGGUCGGCCUGACGGGACUGUUGAGGUGGACGAUGAAAGCCCUGUCCGGUCGGGUGCGAUUGGGCAAGGUCUUGAUGCGAGCGGGAGAUCCGGUGGCGCUGAACCCCGGGGGGGACGUCAAGGCCGCCCUUCUCGAGGUGCGGCGUCGGCACCGGUCAGGCACCGUGGUGACCCCCUAUCACGUCCGGGAGGCGAGCGGGCACCUCGGGUUGGAAGAGGGUGACGUUCGAGAGUGCAUCCACGAGCUGGGCGGGACUGUGUGGGAAGGGGACGUGGACGACGGGAUCGGUGAAGGGUCAGAUAAGGCCUACCCCAUCUCAAACCCACAACCGUUACCAACAUCGCGCUAUGCCAGCGACGUGCCGACGGUCGAGCGGUUUGUUUCCUCCGCGACCCCCGCCUCCGACGAUAUGGAGGCGUGGAUGAACCACCUGCAAUGGGUGCAUCUCUUGCACGACAGGCUGAGGAGUCACGGGCGUAGAGAUGGCGGCGGCAGCAGUCGAAGUUGGUCGAGGUGGGCAGAGUGGCUCGUGCCGCCGCUACCGCUAUCUUCUAAGGCUGCUACUUCGACGGCAGAUUCCGCAGCGAGGCUUGCUGCGAGACGCGAGGAGAAUGAGAAGGGCGUCAUUCUUGGACAGCGUUCGACUCUUUGGCUGAGCGAUAGCACCGCUAACGCCAGGGCUGACGCCGACGCCGGCGUUGUCGCCGACACCGCCGCUGCCGCCGUCGCUGAGACAGCGCGGAACUCGCCGCGUUCGACCGAAUCUUCUUCGGGGUCUUCCUCCCGGUCGUGGGUGAUGGCCACCGGCGCGUCUACGUCGUCGUGCUCGUCGUCCUCUACACCGUCGUCCUUCGAGCUGACUUCGUCUCUGGACGAUGACGGAGCAACGCCCUGCACGGCAGCAACCACCGCCUCGUCGUCCCCUUCUUCGUUCGAAAUCACGCCGUCCGAGGAAACGGCAACUUCGUCGCUCGAAACAACACCCUCGGUCGACGACGGCCAUGGCCAUGGCGAUGGUAGUCGAGGCAGCUACUGCAGGUACUCGAGGCGAAACGGUGACGACGAUGGCGACGGCGAGAACCAAGAAGAAGAUGCUCGGUCCUCUUCUGCCGCUUCGCGACGCGUGCUGGCAGCUGUCGUGCGCGAGUUCGACCGCGCGGAAAGCGCCGUGGCGGAAGCGCGGGCGGCGUUAGUCGAGAGGGGAUUCUCUCGACCCAGCCCCGGCCAUGUGCUGCAGGUCCUCAUGAGAAACGCGAACGAAGGCGGGGCGUGGCGAGCGGAGCACUCUUCAGGCUCAAGCGAAGGCGAAGAGGGGGCGCGGUCGGAGGUGCGGGGAUGUGGUGGCGCUGUCCGCGGCGCCCCCUCCUUGUUCCUCGCCUCUGUCGCUCUGUCUCUUGGUUGUGGCGGGGACGAUCCCCGCGGAAACAAUGCCGAAGGAAACGGUGCCGAUUUCGCCGCCAUUGAUGACGAUUCUGAGGCCGGCUUCAAGACCGCCUCGGCGGCGGCGGCGGCUGCGGCAGAGUCCGUCUCGGUUUCACGGCGGAGUGGUCGUGGCCGUGACGGUGGCGAACCCGAACCCGCUACUGCUGUGGAAGACGACGAUGGCUGGUUCGGUGCGGUGGACGGCGAUAAGGAAGCGGUAGGCUCCUGGGGGUUCCGCGAUUCAGGCUUCUGCAUAGAGUCGGACCGGUCGGAUGAGGCGAACCCGUUCGUGGUGAUGCGAGGGAACAGGUAUGGCAUUUGCGGGCGACCCCUCCGAGGCUUGCUGCCGUUCGUUCGAGAGGCCAUCGGCGUGCCCAUCUCCGCGGAGGGUAAAGCCAGGCGAGCAGCCAGCCCCCCCCCUCCUUCCCUCCCAUCCUCCCGCCUGCUGAAACCGAAACCCUCGUCCUUGGACGUUGGGCGCGGCGCAUAUGAACCCGCUUCGGAUGUUGGAAGCGGCGGGAGAGGGGAUUGUCUGGGAGGGGGGCGGGAUCACGAGAGUGCUGGAACGGGAGGAGGGCAGCAGACACGAACCCUUCUUGAGACGAUGGUGGAAGCGCUGGGGCUCGGGUUUGACGUCAAAGAGCAGGUCUCGUUGUCGAGGCAAGAGCGAGCGAGGCACGGCGCGGGGCAUGGCCUCUCGGACAUUUGGUCCCUUCGGUCGGGGAGGAUGCGCCGUUCACCCGAUGCGGUCGUGUGGCCGACCUCAGAAGACCAGGUAUCGCGCCUGAUGGAGUGGGCGGGAGCUGAGGGCGUCUGCCUCAUCCCCUUCGGCGGCGGCACUAGCGUCACGAGAGCGCUGGAGGUGCCUCCCCUUGACGUCGAGCCUCGCCCGGUGAUGGACCGCGUGCUUGACGUGGACGAUGCCAACGGCACUGCGCACAUCCAAGCCGGAGUGGUGGGAAGGAAGCUAGCCGCGGAGUUGGCCGAGAGAGGCGUCACGACGGGCCACGAGCCCGACAGCCUGGAGUUCUCCACCUUGGGAGGCUGGGUAGCCACUCGGGCUUCGGGGAUGAAGAGGGGACGGUACGGCAACAUCGAGGACAUGGUGCUCGAGGUCCGGGUGGUGACUGGUAAGGGCCUCGCUUGGCAGCACUCCGACAGGGUUCACGACCAGCCAAAGGCGCCAGGCGCUUUUUCGCGGACGUCCGUCGGUCUGGAUCUGGCUUCUGCCAUGCUCGGGAGCGAAGGCUGCCUGGGAAUCAUCACUAGCGUCGUGGUCAAGGUCGUCCCGCUGCCGCAAGUAUCGGAGCACGCCUCCUUCCUCUUCAGAGACUUCAAGACUGGGGUGGCGUUUUGCCGGGAGCUUUCUCGCUGCUCCGGCCGCCUUGGGCUUGCUAGCUGUCGUCUCUUGGACAACCGACAGUUGAGGCUGGGCAAGGCCAUGAAGGGCGACGAGGACGAUGUGGCCGGUGGGCUAAGACCGACUCUGAGGAGCCUCGUCCCCAAGGCGCAAUCUGCCUAUAUCCGGCUUUGGAAGGGCUGGGGCUUGAAGGAGACGUCAGCGGUGACCAUGGUGUUCGAAGGUUCGCGGCAAGAGGCCGCCCUGCAAAAGAGGGAGGUGUCGAGGAUCGCGCAAUCUCACGGGGGCCUUUCGGGUGGUGCGAGCGCCGGCAAGUCCGGCUACGACCUGACCUUCGCCAUCGCGUACCUCCGGGACUUUGCGCUCCUGUUCGAUGUCCUGGGAGAGUCGUUCGAGACCUUCGUGUCGUGGACGGCCUUGGAAGGGCUUUGCGAGAAGGUGCGAGAUAGAGUGCGAAAAGAACACCGCGACAGAGGCCUGAGGGGCGACGCCUUCGUCACGCACCGCGUCACCCAGCUUUACCCCGAAGGAGCUUGCGUGUACUUCUACCUCGCCAUUUACGCCCAGGGUGUUCGCAACCCUGUUGAUGUCUUUUCUGGGCUGGAAGAAGCUGCUAGAGAUGAGAUCCUACUGGCUGGGGGCUCCCUGAGCCACCACCAUGGAAUUGGCAAAUCCAGAGCAGGUUUCACUUCGAGGGUCUCUUCCCCGGUCAUGACCGACCUCGUGCUCGGAAUGAAGCGGGCGCUGGACCCACACAACGUGCUGGGCGCCAGAAAUAAUUUCCUUGCCGCAGAGCCCCCGACAGCCGGCGGCGUAAAAGCUGAGACGUAG